UAUGUCCAACAGUGUCCUACCACAUCCACCACCACUACAUUAUAAUAUUCGCCUGACUCGCCGGUCCUUGAGUAGUAUAUAGCCACAACUCACAGACCGCUACUUGUGACAUCUCCCAUCGAGUGACUCAACCUAUAAUUCGAAUCGAAACCAGAGGAGCGAGGCAGAAACGACGGGCAAAACAAAAAAUGUCUCCUCCACCCCAAUCAUCAACCCCCUCGUCUGCCUCAUCCUCUUCUUCCGCUAGUAAAACCAACAACAACAACAACAACAACAACGGAAUCUCCUUCACCAUCACCCACAUGAACGCCAACCACCAAGACUCCCUCGCCUACUACCUCCGCGUGUACAAUGGCGUCUCCGCCGCCGAGGCCUCGACCGCGACCCUCGAAACCAUCACGCUCUCCGAUCUCGUCCUCCGCACCAACCACCACCACAACCACAACACCGGCACCCGCUACACCGUGGCGCUGGACCCGCCGCUGCAGUCCUUCAGCGAGACCCGCGCCCGCCUCGUCGCCAUGCACAAGGAAUGUCUGGAGCGGCUCGACCUCUCCGACAUCAAGAUCACCGCCUACCGUGUGCCGUCCCGGCCCGGCGACAUCCUUGCCUUCCUGAUCUGUCUCUCGGGCAUCCUGGCGUUCAGCCGGCGGGAGAACCUGCUGCCGGGCGGGUGGGUGUACGAGGGCUUGCGGCUGGAGACCGGGUGGUGGUGGCCCCAGGGGUUCGCGGGGUUCUGCGCCAGGAUGCAGCCGGCGGUGUUGGCGUUCACGCUGGUCGUGCAUGCGUUCGAGGCAUCCGUGCUGGCGUACACGCGGCUACGGAGGCAUGGGGUCGCGCUGGGGUCCCGCGUGUGGUGGGCGUGGGUGCUGUCGACGCUGAUCGAGGGGUUUCAGGGGUUCAAGCGGUUUGAUCGGUUGGUGCGCGAGGAGGAGGCGAAGAAGAAGUAACGUUAGUAGUGGUGGUAGGACUUUUUUACGGAUAUUGUAGUGGUGGAUGUGGAGAAUAUUGAGCGCGGUGGUUGAAAGGUUCAUUCGUUGAGGUCUAGGGUAGAUAGGCUAUGCUAUGCAUUGAGGUACUGAAGUGCUCUAGUAGUAGUAGUCCACACUAUGGUGCUUUGUCCGGCUGUGCUCCUUAACCUCC